AUGAAUGACGGAUUCGAGGUUAUUGCGAAGAUACUAUAUCGCUUUACCGGUCCAAAGUACUAUGCCACUGCUAGCGAAGCUGCUACCCUAUGCUUUCUCUAUGCAAAAGGCAUCCCUGUUCCCCAGCUAUAUGGGUAUUCGCCUUCAGAGGAUAACACUGUCGGUGUGGAAUACAUCCUAAUGGAGAAGGCCAUGGGUAUUUUCUUCAACAUCCCUUUUGGUUCUAUCGGAAGCCUUUACUUCAAAAAGGACAUUCAGCAGGACCAUCAGGCUACUCUAUGUGCUCCCGAUGUACCACACAACGAAGACCCUGAAGUAUGUUGUAUUGGUCCAACAGCGAUUUGCAUGUUUUCGUACGGUAGAAGAGCCUCUCUGGAUAUUGAUCGUGGACCCUGGAACGACCAUAAAGAGUACCUAGCGUUUGAAUUGGACUUCCCAUAUAAUGGCGUCUUUCCUGGGUUGAAGUAUCCGGCUGAUUACUUGCCACUUCUGGACAAGUACCUCGCUUUAGUUCCAUUUCUGCUUCCGGAGGACACAAACAGUCGUCUCAAUAAACCGACACAUCGGCAUCCUGAUAUGAACCCAAACAAUAUCUUUACUUCACCAGAGUCUGGUGCUGUGUCCUGUAUCAUUGACUGGCAGCACACCUUCAUUGAGACACGCCUGCUGGCAGCUGGCUAUCCUCCCGAGGCGGAUGAACUCUACCGGCGACGUUUACUAUCUUAUCAUUACCGUAUCUUCAACGGCCAUUACAACAAACCCCAUCUUGAAGCUUUACGUGACCCCAUUUUGCUUCCUCGGCAGCAUCUCGUUGAUAGGGCGGGCCGUCAGUGGAGUGGAAAUCUAGUCACUUCGAAGGGAGCUUUAGUCCGGGUGGGGAAGCACUGCCCUCUAAAGUUCUCAGCGGAAGAAGUGAAUGACUUCCACGAUGAGGAACAAACAUGGCUCAAUCUGAACAAGGUGGUGAGUCAGUGGUAUGAUCAGGUAGGUGGUGUGUCCGAAGAGGGAUGGGUCAGUAACGAAUGCUAUGAUGAGACUGUCCAAAGAGUUGCGGAACUCAAGUCUGCACUAUUAGCGAAAGGAUGGCUAUUCAGGGAUCGCGACGUGUCUAAUUAA